GUGUCGGGGCAGCAUGUUUACAGCGAGUCGCGGUCCUAAUUAGUUGACCUAAACGAUUGACUCGCCUCACUUGAGUCUUCCUCGGAGACGCUGAGCUCGAUUCAGGGCGGAGAAUGUUUUUGUGUCGCGUGAGGCUGUCUGCAGCGGCUCUGGAUCAGGCGUUCAAGCCAGCGGCCGCGUUUCUAGUGCAACUUACAGCAAACAGACAGGGUGACGGCACUUUACACAAGGGCCACGCGCUUCAGGGACACCGGUGUUUCUCUGUGACCGUCCGGGGUGUCGGUACAACUCGUGUGCGCCCGGGGAAACCACAACCGGAGCCGCAAGCCGGCCAGAACUGGGACUCCUCGUCUGGUGCUGUAAUCACGGACUGGGCACACUUGGACCGGGUGGCAGCUGUAGCUGCGAAUCUCUCCCAAAGCGUGCAAAGUGAGGCCGGUCAUUCAGACGUUAUCAGGCAGCCGCUCGUCCGUGCGAGCGGGCGGUACAGCAGCAGAGGAGAGCCGGUGUGUAAUGUUCUGUUUACAGGUAGCUGGGGGGUUUCCGGUCGACUCUGCGCCACCAGGACCAUGCAGACCAGAGCCUCGUCCACGAAGAGCAGCGACGCCGGCGAGGGACAGCCGGCUGCCGGCAACAAAGGGGAGGAGCAGAAUUUAAAGGAGGCCUCGACUACUUCCUCAUCUACUGCGAAGGCCCCGGGGGAGCCGGAGCCAGACGGAGGAAAACCCAACAAGACCCAGCAGCUAAAGAAAGUCUUCAAAGAGUACGGAGCGGUGGGAGUUUCCUUUCACGUCUGCAUCUCCCUCAUGUCCCUGGGAAUGUUCUACCUCCUUAUAUCCAGUGGGAUCGAUAUGGGGGCGAUGCUGUGCAAGCUGGGCUUCAGUGAGACAGUCGUUCAGUCUAAGAUGGCAGCGGGGACGAGCACGUUCGUCGUGGCCUACGCCAUCCACAAGCUCUUCGCUCCGGUUCGCAUCAGCAUCACUCUGGUGUCGGUGCCGCUCAUUGUGCGCUACUUCAGAAAGACUGGUCUCUUUAAACCACCCACACCUGCACCCUGAUGACCCCCCUCUGCUCCUCCGCUGCCUGAUUAAGCAACAAACAUCCUGACUCUUAAUGGCCGCCUGUAUAUAUCCUUACUCAUUUGCCUUUGUCUAGAAAUGCCUCGUCUUUUCUCAGUUGUGGUUGUGAAUUCAGGUUUCCUACGUUAGUUCCAGUUUUAACAGAAUCAAAGUGUUAAAUUGUGUUGCUGUAGGAUUAAAAAGUCUGUAUUUGAAGUCAUGCCUUAAUAUAUGUGCAUUCCAAAAACCAGAAACAACGGCUGAAAAAGCUCAGAUAUUUAUUUACAAUCAGUACGAUCAGGGAUUUUAAGUUUCAGUCCGAAGUUCUUUCAGUAGGCAGGUUUGUCUCUUAAUGCUGUGAAGGUUCCCCGUGGGGACAAGUGGAAAAAAGCUGAUCUCCCUCCACUGUUUGCUGACUAGACCAUGUUCUGGUGUUAUGUGAAUCAGCAGAAUAAUUUGGGUUCUCGUUGUCUCCUACCUCUCUCCUUUUCCCUCCUUACUUGUCCCCGACUCUCUCUCUCUGUCUCUCCUGCACUCUUUUUAUUCUCUGUUGUUUUGCUUCCCUCCUAUUUCUCUUCUCAGCAUCCCUCCUGGCAUCCAUUUUCCUCCUCCUAUAUCCCCUUCCUGUUCCUCUCCUCUCUUUCUCUCUGUCCUCUCUCUCUCUUGUUCUUUGCAAAUGCCACUGCCCAAGCGCUAAUUUGGAGUACAUUAAUCUCUGAGUGAAGCUGAUUGUAGUUCAUUGCAAGCUUUGGAUGAAGAAUGUUGGUUUGUGAGGGUUUAUUUUUCUGAUUGAACGGACUGUAUUUAACUAUUAAAAGGGAAUGUUCU